AAUAUAUUAAAGGUAUAUAUUUCCAAUGAAUUGUUUUCUAUUAAUUUGUUUUUGUCCUUUCAUUUCAUUGACUUUAUUUUUGGAUCAAACAAACGCAAAAAACAAUGAAUUGGUGCCAAUCAUGGGGACCAUACAAAAGCAAAAUACCGGUCAAUUGAUUGCCUUAUUUAGGUACAGAAGGGGUGCUAAUAAUGAGAGAAAAAACAGGAAUCAGGUGCAGAGGACGGCCGGCAAGAGAUAUAGAAGUUGUGGUUCUGAAGAAGACGGUGAGGAUGAUCAUCAUUCGGGUGAUGAUGACGGCGAUACAACUCACGAACACGUACACGUCCACCACCACAGACAUGUGCAUGUUCAUAAACAUGAACACCAACAUCAACAUAAUGAUCAAGAUCAUGGCCAUUCGUCAUCCACUGUAAAACCACGUAAGAGAAAGAAGAAGUGCAGAAAUUGUGGAAAUGGAUGCGGGGAUGGAGGAAGAGGAGGUGGUGGUGGUUGUAGAGGGGAUA